AAACCAUUGCUGGAAUCUGCGUAAUACACUUCAUUUCCCAUAAGUCAUUUCCAUGACGUCAUGAUUUUGCGACAUUACCAGAAGUGGUGAGUUGGCUUAGUCGAGCUGUUGCUCAGUUGUGUUGUCCCGCAAUUAAUCUCAUCAUGACCAAGCUGCUGGAGUGGCUGUUGGGUGUGUCCCUGAUCGGUGUUGCCUGGGGGCUGGUGACCUUUGACCUGCUGGACCUGAGGUUGCCACCGGUGUACCGGGAGGUGGCGUGGCCGAUGCCAGUGUACCUGCUGGUGGCCUUUGGCUGCUACUCGCUGGCCACAGUGGGCUUCCGUGUGGCCACCUUCAACGACUGUGAAGAUGCUGCCAAGGAGCUACAGGCUCAAAUCAAGGAAGCCAAAGAGGAUCUGAGGAAGAAAGGAUUAAAAAUGUGAGAGAACAGACUCUGAGACUGUGAUGCACACACUCACACACUCUUAUAACCACACACACACACAAUGUCUGUAUUAUAAAUACACAAACGGUCACCACAUGGAUCGAAGAGACAUUUGUGUGUUUGCCAGUGUCAUUUUCGAAAACUUUGUAUAAGUCCUGGCACAGCAAUAGAGACAUCAUGAGCUACUGAGAGACAUUCCCCGCUGAUGUGACGGAGUGUUAUCUGUCAGAAAGCACCCCGCCUCCCCCUGAACCCUCAGCAGCCCAGGGCAUGAAUAUUAACCUGAAGCUCGGUGUGUGGGUUUGGGGGGGAUGGGGUGAACCGAGCUCUCUGCAGGGAUUACCCAUCUUAUUAAGUCAAAUAGCUGUGUGGUUAUGCUAAUGAGGCCCGGUGUAAAGUUACUCUCGAAUUAGACUUUCUGAUGUGGCCGGCGAUGCUGUUGUCCGCUGUGGCUCCGGCGGUGGUCGGGACGGAGUCGGCAUUCCACAUGUGUCCGAGGGUUUUAUGCUCCCUCUCUCUCUCUCUCUCUCUCUCUCUCUCUCUCUCUCUCUCUCUCUCCCUCUAGUAGCAGGGGGCUGUCACUGUGUGAUUAAAAACCUUCCCUUAAAAA